UUUUGAGUUUUCGUUACAGAAUAAGAAUGGAUAUCCUGGAGUAUCCGAGUAUGAGCUCCGAGGUCCGCGGGGUCAUGUCCCCCGGGAUUCUCAAGCUUACAGACGCCAAGAUUAUAUUCGUACACUCAAAGUCGGGACGAAAAGACACCGUUAAGAGUGAUGAUAUCGAUCUGGUAAACUGGCAACGUAUUGCCGGUGUCUGGGGAAUAAGAAUAUUCACUAAAGAUGGAAUGCUUCACAGGUUUGCUGGUUUUAAAGAAGCUGAGAGGGAUAGGGUAGCAAACCAUUUUAAAUCCUCAUACAAACUGGAGAUGCUUGAUAAAGAACUCAGCGUCAAGGGUUGGAAUUGGGGAACAGCUAACUUUAAUGGUUCCGUUCUAAACUUUGAAGUCGGGAAACAUGAUGCUUUUGAGAUCCCUCUCAACUAUGUUUCUCACUGUGCAAACGCUAAGAAUGAGAGGUUCCAUAUUCCUUCAAGUGAACUUGCUGGAGAAACGGAUCCAGCGGAAGCGUUUAAAGAUCACAUCGUACAGAAAGCUAAUAUUGCUACGACAAGUACAGGAAACGAUAUUGCUUCCUUUAGAGAGAUCCAUUCCUUGUCCCCCAGGGGUAGAUACGAUAUCAAGUUCUUCCAGACUUUUAUUCACCUUCACGGGAAAACAUUCGACUACAAGAUACCAGUUUCUACAGUUAUCAGGUUGUUCCUCCUUCCUCACAAGGAUCAGAGACAGAUGUUCUUCUGUGUGAACCUGGAUCCUCCCAUCAAACAGGGACAAACCAGGUAUUACCUUCUGGUCCUCUCCUUCAUGCAGGACGAGGAGACUGAGUUAGAACUGGAAAUAACAGACGAGGAGCUAAAGGAUAAGUAUGAUGGUAAACUAGAGAAGGAGAUGAAGGGACCAACCUUUCAAUUAGUUUCAAAACUCAUGAAGGUUCUUGUCAACAAAAAAAUCACAGUCCCUGGAAGUUUUGUCGGUCAUAGCGGAACCCCAGCCAUCUCUUGCUCAUUCAAGGCGGCCUCCGGAUUCGUCUAUCCUCUAGAACGAGGGUUUAUAUUUGUGUACAAACCUCCGAUCUUCAUCAAAUACGAGGACGUGCAGCAUGUAAACUUCGCAAGAUCCGGAGGUUCGAACAGAUCCUUCGAUAUCGAGGUUCACACUCGAGGAGACACCGUCUACACCUUCUCCAGUAUAGAGAAGGAGGAGUACGGGAAGGUUUAUGAUUUCUUGAAGAGUAAGAAGAUCAACGUGAAGAGUACAGGGAAGAUGGAUGCCAGUAAGAUUCAACUCGAUGCUGAUAUUGAUCAUAACUUAGCAAAGGUAAAAGCUGAUGCUGUUAGCAGUGAUGAUAGUGCGAGUAUGUCCAGCGACGACGAGGACUUUAAUCCUGAUGAACUUGAAGCUAAAUCUGCCAAGGAGGAAUAUGACAGUGAUCCUAGCGAUACAGGUUCGGAUACAGGAGAUGAGAAUUUCAGUGGGAGUGAAGGAGAGCAGGAGAAGAAGAGAGCUGAGAAGGCGGAGAAGAAACUGAAAAAAGCAGAAAAGAAGAAAACUUCUAAACCAAGUGGAGAAAGAACGAGUAAAAAGAAGAAGAAGACUAAGCUCCCAGGACAACCGAAGAAGCCUAUGUCCGCCUACUUUAUGUGGUUGAAUGAGGAAGGAAGAGAAAAGAUCAAGACGGAGAACCCCGGGAUCAGUGUGACUGAGGUUGGUAAGAAGAGUGGAGAGAUCUGGAGAGAGAUGGACGGGGAAGAGAAGAAGAUCUGGGAGGGAAAAGCUAAGGCUGCGAAGGAGAAGUAUGAUGAUGAGUAUAAAGAAUGGUUGGAAACAGGAGGGUCAGAAGCUAUUAAACAGGCAAAGAAGGAAGGAAAGGCCGCUAAACGUGCGGCUGCUAGCGGCGGCACUCCCAAGAAAAAAUCCUCCGGCUCGACUAAGAGCAAAUCUGCUCCGAGCGGCGGCACUGGCGGAGGUUUCAAGAGCGCUGAAUUCAUUAAAAGCGACGGUAGCACCGACGACGACGACGAAGAAAAGGAAAAGAAGUCGAGCGACAAGAGUGACCAAGAAAUGGCAAGCGACAGCGACAAGAACUUCAAUGGUUGGGUCUCAAAUAAUAUAAAUCCCCGGGUUCCCCCUGAUAAUUCGUUUAAGAUGAGUCGUGAGGGUGCACUAUGGAUCGGAGGAGUGGAAGAAUACAUGGACGAAGCGUUCCUAAUGAACGCGAUGAAACAGAGCGGAGAGGACAACGUGAUCUCCGUGAAAGUGAUGAGGAAUAAGAAUAAUGGGGCCGGGUAUGGGUUCAUUAACUUUCCUAACGAUCAAAUGGCGUUAACGGCAAUGCAUCGCCUCAACGGUAAAAUGAUUCCUAACUCCCGACCGCCGGCGCGGUAUAAAUUAAAUCAUGGUUCAAACCGAAACCUUCCUGGAGAAAAAAAUCACUCUAUUUGGGUUGGCGAUCUCUCGACGGAGAUCGACGAUCUUCUUCUCUACAAGUUUUUCUCAGCACGCUUCCAAUCUGUUGUAUCCGCCAAAAUUAUAUUAGACGAGAAUGGAGGCAGUAAAGGAUUCGGUUUUAUCCGGUUUGGAAAUGAAACUGAACAGCUGGCAGCAUUAACCUCUAUGCAGGGAAUAUCUGGCCUGGGAGAAAAACCUAUUAAAGUUUCCAUCGCUGUACAGAAGGCGAAGGAUCCCUCCGCCCAAGGUAUGCAGUAUCCACCUAGCGGUGGACAGUACGGCGGAACUCUUGGUAUGGGCGGAGAGUAUGGGGCUAAUUACAACCAAUAUAAUCACUACUGGAGCAACAUGGCGGCAUGGCAGCAGUAUCAAAACUACUAUCAGCAGUACCCAGACCAGGGAGAAGUACCGGUCAACCCUCCUCUUCCUUCGGGUCCGUCCCAACCUGAUAACCAGAAUCAUGUUGGUGAAGAUGAACCUGUGAGUAUACUUGAAGGUCCUCUAGACCAACCUGUAGAGCACAGUGUAUCUCUUGAUAUUCAUAAACUAAAUAGUGACGCUUUAAACGUAUCUAUUGAUAGAGUAGUAGAAGAAUUGAAGGAGAAUAUUUACGAUCAGAUCAGGACCAUUCGGGACCCAGAAAAGGAUAAUAAUCUUGAGGAGCUGAACGUAGUUGACGAGAAUCUGAUCACUGUUUACCCGUUCGGGUGUUCAGGAGAUAAGUUCGUGGCGAACAUUGAGUUUGUACCGACUGUUCAGCACUGUCUCUGUAUCCGGACUAAGCUUGAAAGAACCCUGGUUCCUGGAACUGUCAAACUCGACAUAUUUGUUAAGUCUGGAACUCACAGUACAGUAGAGGAUAUAAACAAACAGAUUAACGACAAGGAACGUGUAUCUGCUGCACUUGAAAACCCUAAUCUACGUGAAACUGUUGAAAUGAGGAAGAAUAGAUUUCGAAACAAAAUGGAAAAUUUCCGCUUCAAUCAUCAAAGUCCUCCCUCUAUGACCAUCAGACCCCAAUCUGAAGAAACGGGUUCAAGUUCGGACAAUCGGCACACACGGGACGACAGUUCGUCCGCUUUAUCUAGAAAAGAGGACGAAUGGGAUCCUACUGAAGAGGACGAGUUGGAGGAUAAGGACGAGAGAAGUGAGAAUGAAGAACACUAUUGUGACGAGUAUUCAACGGAUUAUGAGAAUGAUGAUAUUGUUCAGCAACAUGCUGCAAUUCAUGCUGGUCUAGUGGAUGAUGAAGAUGAAGCGGAGGAGGAGGAGGAAGAAGAAGAAGAAGACGACGACGACGAAGAAGAGGAGGAGGAGGAUGAUGAUAAACAGUGCUGGGUUUGUUUUGCUAAUGUAGAAGAUGAUCCGACGGCAGGAUGGGUUCAUCCUUGCAGGUGUAGCGGAACUACAAAAUGGGUUCAUCAAGUUUGUAUCCAGCGGUGGAUAGACGAGAAGCAGAAAGGGGAUAAUUUCGCCGGUGUGUCCUGUCCGCAGUGCGGGACCGGAUACUUGAUUGGGUUUCCUCCCUCUGGCGCUAUCAUGAAGGUGCUGGACGGAGCUGAUCUUCUGGUGGGUCGACUCUGUCCUGUAGUCGCUGGAGGAGUUAUAGUUGGAGGUGUUUAUUGGUCUUGUGUCACUUUCGGGGCUGUUACUAUAAUGCAGAUAGCUGGGCAUGAUGAAGGUUGGAACCUGAUGGAAAGAGCUGACCCUCUUCUCCUGCUGGUCAGCUUACCUCUGAUCCCGGUCGGACUCGUCCUCGGCAAAAUGAUUAAAUGGCAGGAUCCGAUUAUUAAGGUUUUGAGAUUAUAUUUGCCAAAAGUUCCGUUGACAAGUUAUCUACUCCCUGCCUUCGCCAGUGUCCCUACACGUGAAGGAAGUGGAGCCGCAGCGUCAAUACCUCCUUCCACAGAUCCUGUAUCCGUUACGAGAACAUUCUGUGGAGCACUUUUCUUUCCAACCAUUGCAACAUUCCUAGGAGGAACUUUAUUUCCGGAAACUGGAUCCCCAUUAAAACGUGCAGCACUCGGAGGAUUAACCUUUGUUUUAAUCAAGGGAGGACUCAAGAUAUAUCAUAAACAGCAUCUAUAUAUCAGACAAUGUAAACGAAUAGUUCUAGACUAUUCCUAGAUAAUAUAUGUAUAUAUAUAUAUAUAAACAUUUAUCAUCAGUUUACAAUUUCCAGCCAAUAACGUGUAAUGGGUGCAUCACAUAUAUUUGGACUAGUACGCUAUUGAAUUACUAAAAAUUAUAAAAAAUUCCUAAGUGGGAGAUUUUUAAUUUGUUAGUUUUUGUAUUUUCAGAAUGGCCUUGAGCCCAAAUUUGUUACGGAUUGUUACCAAGCAGCUCUAAUAGAUUCCGCGGAUUUUUGUGAUUUUGCUUAAAUUGAUCGGAUAGUACUCACUUCCCAUAGUUCAUGGUUUUUUUUUUUAUUUUGAAAUCGUGCCAUUCUAACAUUAUUCGGUAUUCAAGUUCGAUAAUAUGACUGAAACUUGUAUAUUCCGAUUCAUCAAACAAAAAUGCGCAAGAAGUUUUGGAAAAUAAUAAAUUUUUUUAACGAGAGGAUAAAUGUUAAAUCUGAUCUUUUUUGUUUCUGGGAAAAAUUAAGAAAAUUAUACUUGAUAUGUUUUCUAUGACCUUACAUUCAGGAUCUAAGUUGAUUUUUCUUUCAUAGAAAAAGGUUAUUUCAAGAUGAAAGUAAAAAAGUUAUCGGUCAAUCAAAUUCAAGAUUACGAUCAACAUCAUCCUUCAAAUUUGAAGUAAUUUCCUUUUUUUAAGUUUAAUGCCUAGCUACGUAAUAUAGCCUUGUUACUCUAAUGAUAAAUUGUUUAAAUGUUUCUAAAUAGUUAAAAUAUAUAUAUUAUUCACUGGGUUAAA